UGAGGAGCGACGCGAAUGGGAGCUGCAGUUCAGCGCCAUCUGGAGGGACACGCAGGUUCCCUCCCCCGCGCGCGCCCGGUCCCUGUCCUUAGCCUGUUAUCCCGGCCGGCAGGGGAGGGGUCGCUUUGUCCGCCAAGGAAGGCGGAGCGCCCGCCGGCCCGCCCGCGCUCACUAGUAGCAUCACCUCCGUCCUCCUCCUUUUCCAGCCGCUGCUGGGCGCAGGGAGGAGCCGAAGGUGGAGAGGAGGAGGAGGAAGCCGAAGCGGCGACGAAGGCGAAGCCACCUCUCCAUCCCUCUCGCCCUGCAGGAGGCCCAGCCGAGCGCCCGCGCCGCCGCCUCCUCCUCUGCGCAUCAGAGGCGAGGCCGCCUGUCGGAGGGGGACGCGGCUCCUGCGGGCGCGCCAUGGCGUCGGGCCCGUCAUGCAGCCUGAAGGACGAGCUGCUGUGCUCCAUCUGCCUGAGCAUCUACCAGGACCCGGUGAGCUUCGGCUGCGAGCACUACUUCUGCCGCCGGUGCAUCACGGAGCACUGGAGCCGGCAGGAGGCGCAGGCGGCGCCCGCCCGCGACUGCCCCGAGUGCCGGCGCACCUUCGCCGAGCCGGCCCUGGCGCCCAGCCUCAAGCUGGCCAACAUCGUCGAGCGCUACGCCGCCUUCCCGCUCGACGCCAUCCUCAGCGCUCAGCAGCGCGGCGCUGCCGCCGCCGCCUUCGCCUGCGCCAAGGAGCACGCCAAGGUCAAGCUCUUCUGCCUCACCGACCGCGCCGUCGUCUGCUUCUUCUGCGACGAGCCCGCCGUCCACGAGCAGCACCAGGUCACCAGCCUCGACGACGCCUUCGAGGAGCUCCAGCGGGAACUGAAGGAGCAGCUUCAGACGCUGCGGGAUAGUGAGCGUGGCCACACGGAGGCCCUGGCCCUCUUGAAGCGCCAACUGGCUGAGACCAAGUCCUCUGCCAAGAGCCUGCGGGCCACAAUUGGGGAGGCAUUUGAGCGGCUGCAUCGCCUGCUGCGUGAGCGCCAGAAGGCUAUGUUGGAGGAGCUGGAGGCUGACACUGCCCGGACCCUGACGGACAUCGAGCAGAAGAUGCAGCGCUAUAGUCAGCAGCUGCGCAAAGUGCAGGAGGGCAGCCAGAUCCUCCAGGAGCGGCUGGCCGAGGUGGAUAAGCACGCCUUCCUGGCUGGCAUCGCAUCAUUGUCAGAGAGACUCAAGGGCAAGAUCCAUGAAACAAACCUGACAUACGAGGACUUCCCCACCUCCAAGUACAUGGGACCCUUGCAGUAUACCAUCUGGAAAUCUCUUUUCCAGGACAUCCACCCAGUGCCCGCCACUCUCACGCUGGACCCCUCCACAGCUCACCAGCGCCUCAUCCUGUCCGACGAUUGCACCAUCGUGGCCUACGGCAACCUGCACCCGCAGCCGCUCCAGGACUCCCCAAAGCGCUUUGAUGUGGAGGUGUCGGUCCUGGGCUUGGAGGCCUUUGGGGGCGGGGUGCACUACUGGGAGGUGGUGGUCUCAGAGAAGACGCAGUGGAUGAUUGGCCUGGCGCACGAAGCCGUCACCCGCAAGGGCAGCAUCCAAAUCCAGCCCAGCCGCGGCUUCUACUGCAUCGUCAUGCACGACGGCAACCAGUACAGCGCCUGCACGGAACCUUGGACUCGGCUGAACGUCAAGAGCAAGCUGGAGAAGGUGGGGGUCUUCUUGGACUAUGACAAGGGGCUCUUGAUCUUCUACAAUGCCGACGACAUGUCCUGGCUUUACACCUUCCGGGAGAGGUUCCCUGGCAAGCUCUGCUCAUACUUCAGCCCCGGGCAGAGCCACGCCAACGGGAAAAACGUGCAGCCACUCCGAAUCAACACCGUCCGCAUUUAAGGGGUCGUCCUUCUCACCCUUGGGUGAGGAACUGGGGAUGGUGCCGUUAGGAGCGUGGCUAUCGUUGACUAUCUGGAGCUAUCGAGGGGAGCGGGUGAGAGCAGAGGGUUCCUUUUGGGGGUACCCUGAAGAGCGGGGUUUUCCACCCAGGACACAGAGCGGAGAGCUAGAACAACCUCUCUGGAAAAUGAGACUUGAGCUCUCGCUUGGGAGUUUAUGACGUUUCUGGGUCUGCCUCAACCCAUGCAGCUUUAUGGUGUAGUUGGUGAUGGUUCUGUGGGCUGGCUGGGGCACUUUUGCAAGGGAACAGAGCUGCAGACACGUCUUCCCACCAAGCCGGCAAAAAUCCGCAUGGCACAGAUUCCAGGGCUACACGUGUGUGCGUGCAUGUAUCAAAACAAAAGCUCACCUCCCCCCCCCAUUGGUUUAAAUGGGAAUGAGUUCUGUGUGUGUCUGUACAGACUUUGAUUAAUUGGUCUGAUUUCCUGGUUUGGAGGCCAGGGGGAAAAUAGGUGGGGGUGAAGGAAACCAAGAAACCGCGCAAUAAAUGGACCGUUUGGAUCCCAAA